AUGGAUCAAGAAAGAGCAAGACAUUUAAAUGAAAUAGGUACUACAUUGUUAUGCUUGAAUGUACAUGAAGGAACAUCGAUUACACUCGAUAAUAAACAGACUGUUAGUGGUCCUUUGUUCAAAGGUUAUAAAAUGAUACCUCAUGGUGUACAUUUAUUUACUUAUAGUGCUAUGGAUCAAAAUAAUGAUUCUUCACCGAUAUCAUGUCAGUCAAGAUUCUUUUAUGUAAAGAAAAACGGUGAUGUCAUUGUUUUAAAGUGGUCGAAAGAAUAUGAAGAUUUUGUAGAUGAAAAGACAACAGAGUUAUUACAGCAACAAUUAGAACAACAAAAGAAAGAUAAUCAAAAGAAGAAGAAGGAUAAUAAUAAGAGUGGUGAAUUGGAUGUAGGUGUAGAGGAAUUGGACGACGAUCAUGAUGACACUAUGAUGAUGGUAGAUGAAAUAUGUUUACACAAAGAUAAUAGACUGACGUUGGAUGAAGUAAAGUCUUUUACCGCUGCAGUGAAGAAUAUGGAAUUCGAUAGGAAUCUGGCAGCAUAUCCAGUCGAUGAUAGUAGCUACUUCCAAUGGAAAUCACUGACAAAGCAUAUAGCACCGGAACUCUUGGAGAGACUACUACCGAUUUCUGGAACGAUCAAUGGUGAUGCCAAUGACUACGAUUCCAUUGCCAGCAACAGAUCACAACAUUCAUUGGUAAAAGAACAAGAGAUGCUUGAUAAGCUUGAUAAAGAUAUAUUAGAGUUUAAAAAGAGUAGAAAUUUAAAUAUUCAAGAUGAUAAUAAUAACAGUAAUAACAGUAAUAAUAAUAGUCAAAUCAAUCAAUAUUAUCAAUUAACUGAAAGAUGGGGAGUACCUUAUUAUUCAGUUAUUCCAAGUGCACCACCAAAGAAUUCGACACCGAUGGAAGUCUCCAAGUGGAAUAUGGACAAGUCAGAUUCACUACAGUAUGUUCUCGAUAAAUAUUAUGCUGGCGAUGAAUACGGUAUCAUUGGUGAGAUAGAGUUUUGCUAUACUUUGUUUAUCUACGGCUUGGCCUACAGUGCUUUUGUCCAGUGGAAGUCGCUUAUCACUCUGAUGCUGCAGUGUGAUCGUCUGGUCGACGAGAAACCAAGGCUGUUUGGUACACUCCUAGAGGUUUUGACACUGCAAAUGGAGUUGGGACCGUCUGACUUAUUUAUUUCCGAUAUAUCAAGUAAUAUCUUUUUGAAACCUUUGCUAAAGUCUUUUAUUGAAGCUAAUUUCCAAGAUACCGAUGAUAAUCAACAACAACAACCACGUGGUAAUAACAACAACAAUAAUAACAACAACAACAACAACUUGCCCAAUAAUAACAGUAAGAGUGAAGAUCGUAAGUUCUUGUUUGAACAAGUUUUAACAAUUCGAAGGUUUGUUGAACAGAAAUUUCAGUGGUCACUUUCACUCUUUGAAAUUCCAACCAUGCUAGACGAAGAUAUGAAUCCUUAUGACGAAGAAAAUGAGGAUUUACCAGCAAUCGUUUAUUUGGGUGAUGAUUUCGAAUGA